UACAGGGCAGAAUGGCUCAGGAUAUGACAGAGAAGGAACUGCUGAAAAUGGAACUGGAUCAGCUGAAGAAGGAGGUAAAGAACGAGAGGCAAAUGGUCUCCAAGACCGGCAAAGAGCUGAAGGAGUACAUUGAAUCCAUGGCAGGAGAGGAUCCACUGCUGAAAGGUGUCCCUGAGGACAAGAACCCAUUUAAGGAGAAGGGCGGCUGUACGAUAAGCUGACAUCCUUCCUCCUCCUGCACCGCCCUGCUUGGGCACAAAGCCAUUCCCAUACUCAAGCCAAGACUGUCAAAAACCUGCUUUCCCUAUAGUCUGACCUCAGCACCAGGGAGGACCAAAAUAAAGUGUAGUUGCAUCUGAAGUAGCAGCAGGGGAAAAAAAAAAAAAAAUAAGAGAAAAAAGAAAAAAAAUGACCUCUGUGUUCCCAGAGAUGAGGUGCAGCAGACGGAGCAGAGCGUGUUUGUGUGCUCCCAUCACUGAUUUACGGUUGGUUUCCAGCAAGCAAAAGUUCUGUGUUUUCAGCAGG